AUGAUUAUUAUACUAUUAUCUCUAAUCAAAAAAAAGUGUUUUGGAAUUUUAAUAACAUUUAUUAAUUAUAUAUAUAAAUACAUUUUUUAAAUUCCUUUUUAAAUCAAAUAAUUGUUAUCUUCAAGUCACUGUCAGAAUUUAUUCAAGACGUAUUAGCUGGUGCUUCUAUUAAGUAUCAAUAGAAUUCAUCAGAAUUUUCGGCAGUCUUAACCCAGAAGGGCUUUUUAAAUCUUUUUCCUAUAUUUAAAUUAAUUUUUUUAACUUUUAUUUCCUCAAUGCCUCCAGAGAACACCUAGGUAACUUAACCUUAUUUUAAUACUAAAAUUACGAUUAUAUUAUCUCAUUAUCACUUCACAUUAUAUUUUUUUUUAGAUUUCUAAAAAAUCAAAACAUAUUAAGAAAAACAAGAAUGAUGUUCACGAAUAUACUGAAGAAAAGAAAAAGGAAAUUGAAAAAGUGAUCUUUUUUAUGUAUAUUAAUAGGAAUACUAAUAAAUCAAAAAAAGCAAUUAAUUACAUGAGUCAUAUGAACCUAAGAUUUAGAAUGUGGUCAGUACAGUGAUCUUGAAAAUGAAGACUAAGACAGGAGAAGAUAUUGAUAAACUUGAUUUGGAUAAUUUGGCUCAUACAUCUCAAAAUUGUGAAUACAAAAAAAGUAGAUCUUCAUUUAAAUUAUUAAGGUCGAUUUCCUGCUCUGAUUUAGAGAAUAAAAGAACCCAAGUCUACUGCCCUGAUAUUUGAAGCUGGUAAGAUGGUGAUAACAGGUACCAAAGGUUAGAAUGAGGCAGAAGAAGCUGCUAAUAAAGUUUGAAAAAAGCAUUUUAUUUAAAGUUUAAAAAACAGAUAGAGAAGAACAACAGGAUUACUAUACAAAUAGGCGAUAUUUAAACAAGUAACAUAGUUGCCAACAGCCAAUUGCCUUAUGAAGUAAAU